AUGGACUAUUACAGCGAACUCGAACUUACACCUGAAGCAACAGACAAUGAUAUCAAAAAGGCUUAUAGAAAGCUUGCAUUGAAAUAUCAUCCUGAUAAAAACCAUGAACCUGGGGCAGCAGAAAAGUUUAAGAGAAUAAGUGAAGCAUAUCAAAUCUUAUCAGAUCCUGAGAAAAGACGAGCAUAUGAUAGUAGUGAACCAGAGGAGUCCUCUAGUCAUGAUCACUCUUUCUAUGGAGCACAACCGAGACCGAAUUUCUACCAAGAUCCUAUCUUUGCUACAUUCCAGUUUCAAACCCCAAGAGACAUCUUUCGAGAAUUCUUUGGAUCCGACGAUCCCUUCAGUAUAUUUUCUGAUGAUCCAUUCUUCCGUGGUACGAGUAGCAUGAUGAUGAGAGAUCCUUUUGAGUCAUUGAGUAUGUUUGAACCUGCUAUGUCGGGUACUUCACAGAGUGUACAAACAACAACUCGUAUUAUCAAUGGUCAAAGGCAUACUGUGACUAAGAUUCAAGAUGUUAAUGGUGUACGUGUCAUUGAAGACUUUGGUGAUGGACGUCAGCGAAUUACUGUAAAUGGUAUAGAAGAAAAAUCACCCGAUAAACCAACAAUCCAAGAUCAACCACAACCACAACAACAACAAAGGCGUAUACAAUAUCAAAAGCAAGAACCACAACUAUAUCAUCAACAACAAGAUAAUCAGCCAUUACCUCGUAUGAACUCUUCAAAUCAUGAUACCAAUGGUAAUAAUCUUACUCUUUGUUUGUUUGUUUUAUCAGACUAA